UGGCUGCGGCUGUGCUAACCGGGAAUAUUUUGAAACAAAGUGGGACAGGGUGUGUAUUGUUCAGUUUGUGUUUGUCAAGUGAGUGGACACUAUAACGCCUCUGGCUUCCACCCCCUAAAUAUAUAUAUAAAAAGUAUCAAGUAGUUCUUUUAAACUCUUCAUGGAGCAGGAAUCACUGGAAACAACAUCUGCUGGAAGGAGGGAACCUGUGAGCACAAUGUCAGACGUGUUGGUGGUUGAUUUGUCGUCUUUCGUUAACGUUGAUCUCGAAGUGGAAAACAACAAUAACGGAGUUUCUGCAGAGAGACAUAAUUUGUCCGCCAGAACUCAAGCGCUGUUUCAGAAUGUUGAGGAGGGUGAAGGUGAAAGUGAUAAUGAUGACAGUGGCACAGACCACUUCAACACUGAAAAGUCAGGGACUCAGCUGCAGAGACAUGAGCGUCAUGGAGAAGUGACUUCAAGUCUUCCUGACACCUUUCAGACCAGCCACCUGCUGUUCUAUGAGAGGUUCAAGGCAUAUCAGGACUACAUGCUCGGAGACUGUAAGCCCUCUGAGGUGAAAGCCUUCACAGCAGACUAUCUGGAGAAAGUGGUGGAGCCGUGUGAUUGGCUGGCUCUGUGGUCAACUGAUGUCUUUGAUGUUGUGGUGGAGGUCCUUGAUGUGGACCUGAAGGCUCUGAAGGCAUGUGUGAGGCUGGUGCUGCCUCUGCAGUGUGACCCGAGAGGCUGUGAACUCACUGAAGAGGCCAUGAAGUCUCUGCUGGAGGCCACCCAGCAAAAAGUCCCACUGCAGGAGCUGCAGGUGGUAUAUGAAGAGUCUGGGGACUUUGAUCAGACUGCCCUCGCCCUGGAGCACCUCAGGUUUUUCUAUAAGCACAUCUGGAGGCAGUGGGAUGAGGAAGAUGAAGAUGAUGACUUUGACUACUUUGUUCGUUGUGUGGAGCCUCGUCUCAGGCUCUACUACGACAUCUUAGAGGACAGGGUCCCGGCAGGCCUGGUGGUAGAGUACCAGUGCUUAUUGGACAAAUGCUCCCAGUGCUUCCAGCAGUUCUCUGCGCUGCGCAGCGGCCUCAGCCCUGACUCAGACUCUGAGCUGGACAACGUGUCAAUGGUGGAGGGUCUGAAGCUCUACGACCAGCUGGAGACGUUUAAGCGUAAACUACACAUCAUCGAGAAUCCCCUGUUGAGGUAUGUGAUGGGCUACAGAGGUAAUGCCAGGCAGCAGUGUGUGCAGAGUCGUGGGCCCAGAGCAUCAGGUAUGAAGGUGGUCCAUGUGGUAACAGCCUCCUGCAGCACCAUGCAGCUCCAGUCCCUCCUCAGUGCCAGACUGCAGCCUCUGUGCUCCUGUGGGGACACUGAGAUCCAGGUGAGUACCACAAACACACUUACAAUAUGACCAGGAGUCGGUCCUAUUAGACAGUUAAUUUUAGAUCUGCUGCCCGGUCACUGCUGUAUACUGACAGAUUUCUCGGUUUCUGUGUUGUGUGUGCCAGGCUUUGGGUUUCCUGAUGACGUGGUGAUUGAGCAAAAAAACAAGGGUGACUCAUUUGUGGAGUCCACAGGAGCUGAUGUCAGACUGUCCAACAUCAAGUUCAUCCAACAUGAUGCUAUCGAGGGCAUUCUGUGUGUUCGCCAGGGGACUCUGAACAUGGAGAACUGUGUGCUGCAGUGUGAGACAACUGGAGUUAUCGUCCGAACAUCAGCCCGUCUUCACAUGAACAUGUGUGACCUGUAUGGAUCCAAGGGGGCUGGUGUGGAGAUUUACCCUGGAAGUGUUUGCAGUCUGGUUACUAAUGGCAUCCAUCACUGUAAGGACGGGAUCCUCAUCAAGGACUUCGCUGAUGAGCUGGAUGUGAUGCCAUCCAUUACCAUGGAGAACAAUGUGAUCCACAACAAUGAAGGCUACGGAGUGAUUCUAGUGAAGCCCAACACUGGGGAUCAUCACAGAGUUCCUCUGGACAGAAGUGAAGAACACCCUGCAACAGGCCCUGGUGGACAGACAGCUGAAGAUGGACAGCUGAGAGGAGUUUCAGAUCCUAUCUUCAUUUCCACAUCUUCAUCAGCAAGCCCGACCUCCAGCAGCUCAGCAGAUAUUCAGCCUGAGUCCACAGAAGACAGCAACAAUACAGAUGGUGACAAGGCCUCCAUCUCAGGCAGGAAGUGGCAGUUUAGUCGUCAACUGAGCAGAAACAAGGAGAUGUCCUGCAGCCGAGCCGUCCAGGAUCUGAUGGACAACCAGAUCUUUGUCUCCAUUCAGGGAAACCAGUUCAGACGGAAUGGUAUGGGUGACUUCGGCACCUUUUUCUACUGACAAAUGCCCUCAACGCACUCUGAACUCAUGUCUCUUAACAUCAUCCAGAGUAUUUCUGAGCAAUAAUUAUUUGAUUUCUGAUAACACAGGAGAUUUAAUGUGAUCAGUUGUAAGGUGCCUGUGUAUGUUCCUAAUAGUACCCUGACCUCGAAGUACAGUAACGGUGAUUGGAUCCACGUUUGAACUUUUAUCUUAUUUAUUCCUCUGGGCUCCUGAUGCUUAAUGUUUUAAACAUUUUUUUUUAUUAUUAUUAGUUUGAAAUUCACUCAUCACUUUGAAUGUAGUUCUGAUGGUUCAACUGCACAUCUUAUAAGUGUUGUUAUCCUGAAGGUGGUGGCUUGUUGAAAGCUAAGCACAAAUGUUCUUGUUUAUCAUAAAAUUAAUGUGAUUUUCAGUUUUUUUUUUUUUUUUUUAAGGUUUUUAUGUGUUUUAUGGUUGAGGGGAGUCUUGAGGUUAACAUGCUCUGAAAGUAGAAACCCAGUGAAAAUGAACAGUGAGGUUUUAUAUUUCGACUGAAUGACUGAUACAAAUGAGGCAGUCUUUGCUUGAACUUCUUCUUGUGGAAACAGUGAACAUAAAGAUUAAAUAGUGUCCGUAGAAACCUCAGUAAGUGUUGUAAGUAUGACCGACAUUAUAAUGUGUAUGUUGUCACCUGUUUUGACUAACCUCAGCACACAUUCACUGUGGCCCAGUCUUAAAUGCUAGAGAACACUUAUUUGCAGUGUUUGAACAAGCUCAGGACUUGAAUGAAUCUGAGAAUAUUUAACUUUAACACAAAUGACUUGUGACUUCACUUGGAAUUCUGACUUAAAAUCCUCCACAAACCCAAAUAUUAAAAAAAAAUGUUAAAAAAAU